GAGUCUCUCGCACACACACUGCACAUAUUGUUAGGCCAGUGGCCCUUCUUCUUACAUCCAGGAGUUGCUUCUUCCUAAAAAACACUCACAGCUCAAAUUGGCUGCCCACCCAAUUUUUUUUUCGUUAAAAAUAUACCCAUUUCUGGAUCACAGAUUAAAAUUUAAAAUUAAUUGUAUUACUUUGUAAAAAAAAGAACAAGAUAAUACAACAAAAUCUGCACGAUCAACAGCAAGAGAUCCACCCCUCGGGACAGGAGGCACCCACCCCGUGUGUCGGUAUCCUUGCAAAAAAAACGGACAUUGUGCUUCUUAAGAAUUGCGGACAAAACAAAGUGAUUUGUGGUGUUUUUUUGGCAAAAGAAAUUCUUUUUGCACAAAAACCUCAAAAAGAAAAUUGUUGAACUGUGCUUUUGAAACUGAGUUACAAUAUUGUUGAGAAGUGACUGAUAUACAUUCUUGUGGUGAAGAGAUUCUUAGGCGAGAGACGUCAACGAUGAGAAGAUCGCGUUCGAGCCCUUUGGGGCUCGAAUUUACAACCCUCUUAGUGAUGUGUACGUUUGUGGGAGUAUGUUUAUCAGCUCCUGUGCACGAGAACACGGAACUAGAGACGUAUAGUGAAUCUGGCUGCUACUACAAUUACAAUCACUAUGCAGAGGGUGAUAGGAUAAUGACGAAUGAGCCAUGCCUCAAUUGUACUUGCCACAAUCGAAUGCUGAUGUGUUACUUGCGUGUAUGUCCAUUCACAAAGCCAAUUGGGCAGGAUUGCGUGGUGGAGAAACGUGAAGAUCAAUGCUGUCCUGUCAUUACAUGCCCAGAAGUUCCUGUGGAACUCAUUGAUCACUCCACGUCGGGUCCAUCGACAGAGGUUGGAGGCCUCGAUCGCUUUGGCUGUUCUAUUGAUAAUAGAUUCUACCCUGAGGGUGCUCAAGUGCCAUCAAAUCCACGAAAACCAUGCGAACUUUGCUAUUGCAUUCGCAACAUGACUGCGUGUGUCAUGCAAGAAUGUACGCUACAUGUUGAGGGUUGUCGACCUAUCUACAACAAGGGAGUCUGCUGCCCAGUUCGUUAUGAAUGCGAUCACGAUGCCGAAGAGGAUACUCUCAUGUUGGAAGAUAAAACAACAACCACUGAACGUCCAACACCAGGAUUCAUGCUGACCACAACAACACCUGCAGGUGUUGAGGCUGACUGUGUCCACGAUGGUGAAGUCUUUGCCGAUGGAGCUCUCAUUUUCACCGACCAGCCAUGUGAGCAUUGCUACUGUAUGCGAGGUGAUAUUGUCUGUGCUGUGCAAGAAUGUGGAACACCGCUGGAGAAUGAGGGCAAGAACUGUACAGCACGUCCACCACGAGAUGGUCAAUGUUGUCCCGAUGUCUACGAUUGCGAGGAACCACCCACGGAAUCACCUGAAAGUAUUACGAGGAAAGAGGAAGCUACAACAUUGGCAACGGGAUUGGAUACGCGAAUUGAUGAGGAUGAGGAAAAGACUGAAGAAGGGGCCCCAGAACAUAAGACACCACUGCCAGAUGUGAAAGAACCAAUGACCACUGAAUCCGCUGAAGUGGGCACAACAGCUAAGGAAGAAAUUCAUGUUGACAAAGUGGAUGAAAAGUUCAAUGAAAUUAUGCCAGAAGAGAAGCCCGAAAGUGAAGUGGCCCACACUGAGGCACCGACAACUGUGCUGACUCAUGGUGAUGCCACGACGGAACCAAUUCAUGAGGCUGCCACAGAGAGUGAAGAGGAAGAUUUGCAACAACACAUAAUCGAUGAGGAUUUGCAGUCUCAUAUUGAAAAAGAUGAGGAGGGUCCGGCAACAGUUAAAGAAACAAUCUCCACCACUGAGAAAUUGAAACCAACAACAAUAAUUACAGAGAGUGAGUCGUCAGAAAAACCAGAAGAGGGUCACGAAGAAGAGGAAGGAAUUAAAGAGGUGACCACUGAACAACCGUUGAGGGCAACUGAGGCACCAGAAGAGCCAGGCUUCACACCAGCAAUGCCCGAAGAAGUACCAACAGAACAUGAUGAGGGUGUUUCACCGACAGAAAAACCUAGUGCUGUAGACACGAAAUCUGGUGAAGUUGAAUCUGAAGAUGACAAUACUGUUGAACCAGAUCUAUUUACUUCAACACAUCAUCCACCAGCUGAACAGUACCUCCCACCAGAGAAACCACUUGAACAUGAUGAAGAAGCAUCCGGUGAAUCAUCCAGUGAGUCUGUUGAGUCCGUUGAAUCUACUGAAUCUACGGAAUCUUCAACAUCUGAAGAAGGACAAAAACCAAUUCACGUAGAAACUCCAGCUCCUGAAUUUGAGGCUAGUGGAGAGCAGGAAUCCGAAGAAGAAGCACAAAGACCUACAACUCCACGUGCCCCAUCAGAGGAAAUCACCCCUGAACGCCCACAUGAGGAAGUGGAGCCAUCCACAACACCUGGACAUGAUGAUCUUGAACUUCCUGAGAGAGAAAUUGUCACAGAAUCCCCAGAUAUUAUUAAACUUCCGGAGCCUGUUGAACAUGAGCAAGUGACAGAAUACACAAUUGACUCAGACUCACACAUUCUGGAGGAGAUGACGACGAGACCAAGUUUUGAUGAGAAGUUGCCUGAACCUACAGAAAAGGCUACAGAAGUUCCCGAAGAGGAAGUGAAACCCACUGAAAAGACUGAAGAAGAAAAACCAGAAGAAAUGCCAGCAACAACCGAGCAUAAGGAACUCGAAGAGAAACCGGAAGAAAUGCCAGCUACCACAGAGCAUAAGGAACUCGAGGAGAAACCAGAGGAAAUGCCUGGAACAACCGAACAUAAGGAGCUUGAGGAGAAACUAGGAGAGAUCCCUGCAACGACCGAGCAUAAGGAACUCGAGGAGAAACCAGAAGAGAUGCCAGCAACAACAGAGCAUAAGGAACUCGAGGAGAAACCAGAAGAAAUGCCAGCAACAACAGAGCAUAAGGAACUCGAGGAGAAACCAGAAGAGAUGCCAGCAACAACAGAGCAUAAGGAACUCGAGGAGAAACCAGAAGAGAUGCCAGGAACGACAGAGCAUAAGGAGCUUGAGGAGAAACCAGAAGAAAUUCCAGCAACAACAGAGCAUAAAGAACUGGAAGAAAAGUUAGGAGAAAUUCCCGCAACCACAGAACAUAAAGAACUUGAGGAGAAACCAGAAGAAAUGCCCGCAACGACAGAACAUAAGGAACUCGAAGAAAAACCAGCAGUCACAUUCUUACCAGAGGAUGAAGAAGACGAAGACAAGGAAUCUGAGGAAUCGCUUACGGAGCUUCCUGGCCGACCAGAGGAACAUUUGACUGAAGAACCGAAAUUGUCAACAACAGAAGUACCGGAGAAAGUUGAAGAGCCUUUAGAAGAACACACUGAAGGAGUUGAAUUGCCUAAACCACAAGAACCCGAAGAAGCCCCGAUUGCACCACCAGAUGAGGAGCACACAGAAGAACCUAAAGCUCCAGGAGCUGAAGAAUCGGAGGCACCUGCCACUGAAUCACCAUUAGAAACACCUGUAAAGGCAGCUACUGAAGUUCCUGAAGCCCCAGAAGCUUUUGAAGCUACUGGGAAACCGGAAGAAGAAGAGAAACCCGAAGAACCUCUUGCCACAACUGCCAUUUUUGAUGAGAAGGAGAUUAUUCCCACAACAAUUCCUUCUGUUACAUCCAAAGAAAGCGAAGAAAAGGAAUCCGAGGAGGGAUCCACUGAAGAAGGCUUGUCCACUCCAUCACCAACCGCUGAACUUUUGCCUCCAUCAAUUCCCGGAGAAGGGAACUGCUUGGUGGAUGGAAUUAGUUAUCCCAACAAUGAAAUUAUUCCCGCCGUUAACAAAUGUCAAGUUUACUGUACCUGCGUCAAUAGUGUUGUCCACUGCGAAACCGUCAAAUGCCCACCACCUCCAGAAAAUUAUGCUGAGUGCCAACCCUUCUACAGGAACUUUGAUGAAUGCUGUCCCAACUACAAAUGUCCUCAGGAUCUUGAAUCAUCUGAAGAGGAAUCUGAAGAGGAUCGUACAAGAGCUCCAACAACCACUGAGACUGCUGAGGAAGCCUCUGAGGUUCCCGCCACUGUUGAAGAAGUUGGUUCCGAUGAAGUUCCGGCCGUUAUUGAAGAAGUCAAGCCAGAAGAGAAGCCAUCUGUAACAACAGAGAGAGAAGAAGCUGAAGUUACUGAAAUUACAAUGCAACCUAUUGAGAGAGUAGAGACUCCCAAACCAGAGGAACCAUCCGAAGAAGAACCAUCUGAGGAAGAGAAACCAUCUGAAGAGGAAAAACCAUCCGAGGAAGAAAAACCAUCAAUAGAAGAGAAGCCAGAAAGUGAAGAAGAUGCAGAAGUAGAAGCCACAACAAGAGCAGCGCCUGAAGAUCUCGAUGAAGAUAUAACAAUUAGUCCUGAAAUUUUGGAAGCGUACACCGGAUUGUAUCCAUCUGAAGUCACUACGCAUAAGGAAGAAGAAGUUCGUCCAGAAAGUGCAACUGUUAGUCCUAGUUAUAUACCACCAAUUCAAGAAGAAGAGACGCCGGAAGGACAAACUGAGGAAGCCCCAGUAACUGAAAAGGAGCAAGAACUUCCAGAAAAACCAGGUGUAGAUGAAGAAGAGAAGCCAGAAUUUGUACAUAUCUCAACUCUACAACCUGAAGAUUACACUGAAAAGCCCGAAGGAGAAAGCAAACCUGAAAAGGAAGAAGAAGAAAAGCCUGAAGAGGCAGAAAAACCAGAAGAAGAAGUCACACCUGGAAUAGAAAUUGCUCAACCUGAAGUAACAAAGGCUGAACCAGAAACUACCGAAGCAGAAAGAGCACCAACUGAGAAACCCAGUGCGACAGAAUAUCCAGAAGAUAUUACAGAAAAGGUAGAAGAAGAGCAUACUCCAUCUAGCGAAGUGACUGAAAAAGUAGAAAUUGUAACGCCAUCUGCAACUGAACUACCUGAAGAAACAGCCGGUCCAGCAGAAGAAGAAAAGACGGAAGGUCCUAAAGAGGAUGAAGGAUUACCAGAAAGUCCAUCUCCAACUGAGCAGGCUGAAAAAGAAAAACCUGAAGAAGUAGAAGGUGAAGAAAUGAUUAAACCCACUGCUCAAACUCCAACUGAGAAAGAAGAAGAAGCUACAACUGCAGCUCCUGUAGAGAAGACUCCAGAAGAAGACAUUGGAAUUUUGUUCCCCAAAGAGGAAGAGAAACCAGAGACAGUGACUGUAGAUUUGGAUAUUCGUGGCGGUGAAGAAGAAGGAACAACUGCGAAAACACCAGAAGAGGGAGAGGCACCUGAAGGAAUCCCCGCUAGUACUCCACAUGAAAAAGAGACUGAAGAAAAGACAGAAUCAAUUCCUGCUGUCCCAACUAUUCAUACUGAGAUUGAGGGUGAGAUAACUAAAAAACCCGAUGAGAAGGAACCUGUGGAAGAAGAAACCAGUAGUCCUGAAGUUGAAGAAAAAACUCCUGCUCCAACGAAACCAUCGCUCGAGGAAGAAACAAUGAAACCCCACUUGCCUGAAGAUGAGGUUGUGUACGCCACAGACAAGUUAGAAGUUGCUGAGCAAGUCACAGAAAAGGAAGAACCAAUUCCUACCGCAACUUCAACUGAAAGUGCCAAACCCGAGACUGCUGUUACUGAAAAAGAAGAACUUCCCGAAGAAGAACCAACUAAACCAGCAAUUAUCCCUGAACCUGGAAAGGAAGAAGAAGAAAAAGAACACAUUCCGCCAAGUGAUAAGGAACCUAAGCCUGAAUCUCUUCCUGAGCCAACUCCAACUGAAGAAGUUGAGCAAGAAGAACCUGAAAAAGAAGUAGAGGCUGAGGUUGGACCUACACAUGGACCUGCAGAAGCUACAACGAAACAACCAAUUGAAGAAUUUACUGAGACUCCUGGAAGCAAGGUUGAUCAUCCAGAAAAAGAAGAAGAUCAAACACCUGAAUUACCUUCGGGAACCACACCUAGUGAAGCAGUAACUAAAGCACCUGAGGAAGAAGUUUCUACACCUGCAACUGAGUUGGAACCACCCAGGACACCCGAGAUUGAACAACCAUCAGAAGGAGAGGAAGCUACACCUAAACCACAAAUUACAGAGAAACCAACUGCAGAAGAAGAGCCAAUGAAACCCGAAGAAGAAGCAACGACAUCUCACGAAAGACCAGAACCAAGUGUUGAAGAAAAGGAUGAAGAAGAGACUACUAAAGAAAGCGCUUCACCAACCACACCAGCUUUGGAAGAGGGAUCUACCCUUUCUGCAGAGAUGGCUUCAUUGAAACCAAGUGAACCUGAGGAAAUUGCCACAAGGAAGCCUGAAGUAACAGAGGAGCCCGAAAAAGAAUCAGAGGAAGAAGAGAAACCAACUGAAGAAGAAGUUGCUAAACCUACUCCUGAAAGUGAAGCUACAGAAGGACCAGAAGAAGAGGAAGCCAGCCCAACUCCUGAAGCAUUACCAGAGAAACCAACUGAAGAAGAAAUGCAUGUUACUGGUGAACCACUUGUGCCAUCUGAAACAGAGACGCCAACAAAACUUGAACCUGUAGAAAGUGAAACUGGUGCUCCUGCAGAAGCAGUGACAGAAGCUGAAGCCGCUGAACCCACUAAACCCAGUGAACUGACCACAUCAGCACCAGCUGAAACACCUGAAGAAGAAAAAGAGGAAGAGGGACCAGCUCCGUCAAGUGAGGAGGCUACAAAACCAAGUAUUCUAGAAGAAAAACCAACAACAUUGGCUGAAGAAGAAGCAACAGAGCCGAGUGAAGAAGGAACACUUGCUCCUGAAGAAAGUUUACCUGAAAAACCAGUCGAAGGAGAAGAAGAGGAACCAGAACAUAAGCCAACUCCAAGUGAAGAAACAACUGAGAAAGAGGAACAUGCAACUGAGCCAACUGAAAAGAAACCAGAACUACCAUCUGAAGUACUUCCAACUGAACCUUCUAAAGAAGGUGAACCUGCUAUUGAAGAAGCCACUCCUAUUAGUGAAGAACAUGCUCCAGAAUCUCAGCCCACCGAAAAACCACUGGAGGAGCAAGAACCUCAAACAACUGUUGGUAUUGAAGCUGUUGAUCAUACAACGCCAAGUGAGGAAGAAAAGGAGAAAGAAACACCAAAACCACAAGAGGAGGAGAAGGAAGAAGAACCCGAAAAAGAAGAGAAACCAAGUGAAGAACUUCCAUCAGUGACAGAAAAAGAAACUGAAUCAGAAGCACCUAUCACAGAAGAAACUAUAACGAGACGACCUGAGGUAGCCCCAGGAGAAGCUGCAACUGAAGUUUCAUUAACCCCUGCUGAAGAAAUGGAGGGCGAGAGCGCAACUGAAGGUCGACCAACUGGAGAACCUGCAGGUGAAAAGGAAGAAAUGCCAAUUGAACCAAAACCAACGGAAAAGAUUCCAGAAGAGGAAGGUCCUGCUACUGAAGAAAGUAUUGAAGAAGUUACUGAGAAGAAGGAAGAAGAGGUAACGGAGGGUUCACCUGGAAUUACGAAACCAUCUGAAAAGGAAGAUGAAGAAAAAUUAACUCAUGCUACGGAAGAACCACUAAAGGAAGUUGAACCAACAAAACCAUCAGAUGAAGAGAAACCAACUCCUAGUGUAGAAAUUCAUCCCACAGAAGUAAGUGAAAGUGAAACACCGUCCGCUCCCAGUGAAGAAGAGGGCACAGCUAAACCAUCAGAGGAAGGAGAAGGUGAAGCUACACCAAGUCCAGCUGAGGAAACGGCUAAACCAUCAGAGGAAGGAGAAAGUGAGGCUACACCAAGUCCAGCUGAGGGUACAGCUAAGCCAUCAGAAGAAGGAGAAGAAGAAGCAACACCAAGUCCGGCAGAGGGUACAGCUAAACCAUCAGAAGAAGGAGAAGGUGAAGCUACACCAAGUCCAGCUGAGGGUACAACACCAAGCAAAGAAGAGGAGGAACAUGCUGAACCAGAAGAAGCUGAACCUGAGAGGGAAACUCCUGAGCCGCAAAUUGUUGAGCAUGAGUACGUACCAACGAAACCAAGUGAAGAAGCAGAGAAACCUGAACCAUCUGAGGAAGGUGAGAAAGAGGGUGAAAUGACUGAGAAACCAGUAACUGAAAGAGCUACGGAGCUUCCUGAGGAGGUUGAAAUUGAACCAACAAAGGCUAGUGAAAAAGAACCCGAAUUGGAAGCUUCAACGCCUGCUGAGGAGGCCACCAUUGCUCCGGUUGAGGCCAAACCACAUGAGGAACAACCUGAAGAGGAAGAGCACCCAGAAGAGAAACCAGAGGAGCCAGAAAGUGUUCAGGAAGUCACAAGUCUGAAACCGCCUCAUGGCGAGGAGGAGGAGGAGGAACAUAAGACUGAAGUGAGUGUAACAGAGCCAUCAGAUAGGACAACUAUUCCACCUGCAGAGGGUGGUCUUGAUGAUAGAAUAGAAGAAGAUGAGGAAGCACCACAGAAACCUCUGCAUCCUGAUGAGGAUCAAAGUCAAGUGCCAAUCUCCUUUGAACCCGAAGAGGAGGAAGAGGUUGUCGAGGAGGAACCUCAUGUGCCAGAUGAGAAACCCGCCACAGUCCAAACAAUGACCCCCGAUCUCAGUCAGUACUCAACAAGUGCACCACACUACGAUACUGGGUAUGGACAAAUCCCUGCUGGACACUACCCCGGUCCAUCGUAUCAGGAAGAAGAUUAUGGAGAUGAAGAAGAUCCAUCUUCAUUCGGACCGGGUACAUGCCGCUACGGUGGCAAGCUGUAUGUGUCUGCGCAACAGAUUCCGCGAGACGAUCCAUGUGACUUCUGCUUCUGCUUCCGAAGUGACAUCAUUUGUCUACAACAGUCCUGCCCACCACCAAUUACUGGUUGUCACGAAGAGCCAAUUCAUGGCUUCUGCUGUCCGCGGUAUGAGUGCCCUGUUUCAAUGGCAACUGUGAUGAACGUGACAACAAGCACGACAACGACAACAACCACCUUACCACCACACUUCCUGCGUCAUGCCUACAAAGGUCAUGCUACUCUUCAAGGGUGUCAGAUCGAUGGGCGAGCCUACAAAGUAGGUGAAGUAGUACGUCAAUCGAGUGGACCAUGUAUGAGUUGCAUAUGUGGAGGCGAUGGACAAAUGAAAUGUGAUCCUCAGAAAUGUUCACCAGAACCUCUUCUCCGACAAAUGAUUGCGGUGGCAGCUUCGAAAAAGAGAUGAACAUUCGGAGACGACCAGUGAACAAAUUAAAAUGGUUUCUAACCAGAGAUUGAAUCAUCAAUGAAACGCUGAAACAAAUUCUUUCUAAUAUCACGAAGGGUGCCAAACUUUUAUUGAUAAUUAAUUAAUUUAAAAGACAAAAAAAAAAGAAUAAUAAUUUAAGAAUUCAACGAUACGUACUCUUAAUAAUAUUGCAUUUUCUAGGAAACGAAAUUCAUUCCAAGUUAAUAGCAGUGUCGACACUAAAAAAAUACGAAAUUAAAUUUUUUUUUUUCAAUAUUUGGACUCAUUGUAGGACAUUUAAUUUGAACGAUGUCGACCUUAAAAAAAUUAACGGAUAUUCAUAAUAAGUAAAUUAAAUGAGUUUUUAAAAAAACAUACGAAAUUAAAAAAAAUUAAUUAAUGCAGAAAAAUCAAUCAAAUUGAGACAACUUUUGCGCCCAAUUUCACUUCUAGUCUCCCAUUUAUUUAAUCAAAAAAACGUUGAUUUUUGAGAAAAAAAAAGUUAUUGUAAUUUUAUUAAAUUAAAAAAAAAAUGCGAAAAUGGCCGAUGUCUUGUCGACUGAAUGACUUUAUGUGGGGAAUAUAAGAAUUUUCGAAAAAAAAAAAACACUUUGAGAUUUGAAAAUUAAAUAAAUUGAAAAAUUUAUUCAAAUUUUUAAAAAGAAAAAUACUUACACAAUGAUAAAGAAAACUGCAACUAUUGAUUAUUUGUCUUAGAUACAAAUAUUUAUCAAUUUGCAGAGAAUUUUUUUAUCAAACUUUUUGUCGUAUACAUAGAAAAUAAUUUAAUAAAAAAAACAAUAUACGAAAUAAUUUUUCCGAAAAAGAAAAAAAAAGAAAUAGGAUUGAAAAUGCUGAAAGAGCACAAACAAUACAUGCGCACAAACUAGGAUCAUUUAUUAAAAUAGAUGUUUUUUAAACAAUAAAAUAAACGAUAAUUAUUGGGACCUCAAAACCUACCAAUUAAAACAAUAAAAAAAAUAGACUAACACCGCAAUUUACACGUAAACGUACGCAAACAUUAGAUAUGCAAUAGAAAUGAAAAGAAAA